AGAGUUUCUGCUGCUCCUGAUUGUGAAGGUGUCUUUAAACGCCUCUCUGAGUUUACUUUCACUUUGCUGAACUUCCUGUUUCUCCUGCUGCAGCUGAUCGUCUCCGUGUGAAGCUCCAUGUGAAGGUAAUGGAAGCAGUCUGGAGUGUUUUCCUGGCUAACAUCAGCUGUGUGCAGCUCCAUAGUUCACGGUAACGGACUCACAGCUGGAGCACCGAGGCCGUGAGCCUGAGGUGAAGGUAGAAAGUGUGUGUGAGCUGGUGUGAAUUCAGCAGCAUGGAUCAGUGUGAGGACAGAGAGGAGGGAGUCCCUCCCUCUAAAACCACUCUGUGUGGGGAACAUGAGCAACCCACCUGGACCUGGACCCGGACCCGGACCCGGACCUGGACCUGGACCUGGACCCAGCUAGUCAGCAGGUGGAGUCAGGUUUCUCUGAUCCCUGAUGUGGAUCAUGGUGACCUGGUUUCUAGUUUCCAGCUCAGAGAUCAGCUCAGUGGACAAAGAGACUGUAACUCAGUUCCUGCUGUUAAUGUGAACUCACUGAGUGUUUGUGGUUUCCCUCUCAGACUGACUCAGGAGGAAGAGGAGGACAGAGCAGAGCCUGCAGGAUCCAGCUGUCCGUCCAUGAGGAGUGACCAGUCCAAACAUGAACCUCCAUACUUCAGUGAUGGACCAACAGAAGUGGACCAGGAGAGCUCAGAGGGUCCCAGUGGUCAGUCUGCCCAGCAGCAUCAAACACAGCUGGACUCCAUAUUUCAGCUGCUGGAGGACAACAUCAUCACUUUUGUGAAGGACGAGCUGAAGAAGAUCCAGAAGAUCCUGAGUCCAGAUUACUCAGAAUGCUUAGAGAGGGAGGAUGAAGAGCAGAGGAAGAGCAGCAGAGAGGCAUUAGUGAAGAUCACAGUGGACUUCCUGAGGAGAAUGAAGCAGGAGGAGCUGGCUGAGCGUCUGCAGAGCAAAAUGUUUGCUGCAGUUUGUCGACGUGAACUUAAAUCUGCUCUGAAGAAGAAGUUCCAGUGUGUGUUUGAGGGGAUCGCUAAAGCAGGAAACCCAACCCUGCUGAAUCAGAUCUACACAGAGCUCUACAUCACAGAGGGAGGGGCUGCAGAGGUCAAUGAUGAACAUGAGGUCAGACAGAUUGAAACAGCAUCCAGGAAUCCAGACAGACCAGAAACACCAAUCAGACAAGAAGACAUCUUUAAAGGCUCACCUGGAAGAAAUGAACCAAUCAGAACAGUGCUGACAAAGGGAGGGGCUGGCAUUGGGAAAACAGUCCUAACACAGAUGUUCACUCUGGACUGGGCUGAAGACAAAGCCAACCAGGACAUCCAGUUCAUGUUUCCAUUCACUUUCAGAGAGCUGAAUGUGCUGAAAGAGAAAAGGUUCAGCUUGGUGGAACUUGUUCAUCACUUCUUCACUGAAACCAAAGAAGCAGGAAUCUGCAGCUUUGAAGACUUCCAGGUUGUGUUCAUCUUUGAUGGUCUGGAUGAGUGUCGACUUCCUCUGGACUUCCACAACACUGAGAUCCUGACUGAUGUUACAGAGUCCACCUCAGUGGAUGUGCUGCUGACAAACCUCAUCAGGGGGAACCUGCUUCCCUCUGCUCACCUCUGGAUAACCACACGACCUGCAGCAGCCAAUCAGAUCCCUGCUCAGUGUGUUGGCAGGGUGACAGAGGUCAGAGGGUUCACUGACCCACAGAAGGCGGAGUACUUCAGGAACAGGUUCAGAGAUGAGGAGCAGGCCAGCAGGAUCAUCUCCCACAUCAAGACAUCACGAAGCCUCCACAUCAUGUGCCACAUCCCAGUCUUCUGCUGGAUCACUGCUACAGUUCUGGAGGAUGUGGUGAAAACCACAGAGAGAGGAGAGCUGCCCAAGACCCUGACUGAGAUGUACAUCCACUUCCUGGUGGUUCAGGCCAAAGUGAAGAAGGUCAAGUAUGAUGGAGGAGCUGAGACAGUUCCACACUGGAGUCCAGAGAGCAGGAAGAUGAUUGAGUCUCUGGGAAAACUGGCUUUUGAUCAGCUGCAGAAAGGAAACCUGAUCUUCUAUGAAUCAGACCUGACAGAGUGUGGUAUCGAUAUCAGAGCAGCCUCAGUGUACUCAGGAGUGUUCACACAGAUCUUUAAAGAGGAGAGAGGGCUGUACCAGGACAAGGUGUUCUGCUUCAUCCAUCUGAGUGUUCAGGAGUUUCUGGCUGCUCUUCAUGUCCAUCUGACCUUCAUCAGAUCUUCAGUCAGUCUGUUGGAAGAACAACACACAACCUCCAAGUGGUUUCAAUUUCUUAGCAAACCAAAGCUACAAGCUCUCCAUCAGAGUGCUGUGAACAAGGCCUUGCAGAGUCCAAAUGGACACCUGGACUUGUUCCUCCGCUUCCUCCUGGGUCUUUCACUGCAGACCAAUCAGACUCUUCUACGAGGUCUUCUGACACAGACAGGAAGUAGUUCAGUGGCCAAUCAGGAAACAGUCCAGUACAUCAAGAAGAAGCUCAAUGAGAAUCUGUCUGCAGAGAAAAGCAUCAACCUGUUCCACUGUCUGAAUGAACUGAAUGAUCGUUCUCUAGUGGAGGAGAUCCAACAGUCCCUGAGAUCAGGAAGUCUCUCCACAGAUAAACUGUCUCCUGCUCAGUGGUCAGCUCUGGUCUUCAUCUUACUGUCAUCAGAAGAAGAUCUGGAUGUGUUUGACCUGAAGAAAUACUCUGCUUCAGAGGAGGCUCUGCUGAGGCUGCUGCCAGUGGUCAAAGUGUCCAACAAAGCUCUACUGAGUAUCUGUAACCUCCCAGAAAAAAGCUGUGAAGCUCUGUCCUCAGUCCUCAGCUCCAAGUCCUCUAGUCUGAGAGAGCUGGACCUGAGUAUCAACAACCUGCAGGAUUCCGGACUGAAGAUUCUGUCUGCUGGACUGCAGAGUCUCACUUAUAAACUGAAUAUUUUGAGUCUGUCAGGCUGUCUGAUCACAGAGGAAGGCUGUACUUCUCUGGCCUCAGCUCUGAGCUCCAACCCCUCCCAUCUGAGAGAGCUGGACCUGAGCUACAAUCAUCCAGGAGACUCAGGAAUGAAGCUGCUGUCGGCCGCACUGAAGGACCCACGCUGGAGACUGGACACUCUCAGGGCGGAGCCUGCUGGAGUGCGAUGGCUGAGCCCAGGUCUGAGGAAGUAUUCCUGUCAACUCACAAUCGACACAAACACCGUGAACACAAAGCUACAACUGUCUGACAACAACAGGAAGGUGACAUAUGUGAUGAAGGAGGUUCAGUCAUAUCCUGAUCAUCCAGACAGGUUUGAUGGUUGGUAUCCUCAGCUGCUGUGUAGAGAUGGUCUGACUGGUCGCUGUUACUGGGAGGUCGAGUGGACUGGACACGUUUAUAUAUCAGUGAGUUACAGAAGAAUCAGAAGGAAAGGAGACAGUAAAGACUGUGGGUUUGGAGGCAAUGAUCAGUCCUGGAGUCUGAGCUGCUAUGAUGGUCGUCCUCAGUCUGUCAUUCACAAUAAGAAAGUAACAUCCAUCUCCUCCUCCUCCUCCUCCUCCUCCUCCUCCUCCUCCUCCUCCUCCUCCUCUGGCUCUAACAGAGUAGCAGUGUAUGUGGACUGUCCUGCUGGCACUCUGUCCUUCUACAGAGUCUCCUCUGACACUCUGAUCCAACUCCACACCUUCAACACCACAUUCACUGAACCUCUUUAUCCUGGGUUUGGGUUUAGUAUCUUGUUUUUUGGUUCCUCAGCCUCUCUGUGCUGAGCUGAGUGUAAAGAGCUCUGACUGUUGAACAGAUAGUUCAGUCUGUACAUGUCUGUCUCU